AUGCCGUCGAAUAGAGUGCAGGUUGACAGUCGCCUGUUUAAUAUCGAAAAGAAGCUCGACAAAAAUAGCGAGUUGAAAAAAGAAUAUGAGAAGCAAAUUGAAAAUCUCAUCGUUAACGGUUACGCAGAGAAAGCGAACCAUAUUUCCAUUUCCCCACGCACGUGGUAUCUUCCUCACUUCGCAGUGACUCAUCCACGAAAAAGGAAAAUAAGAAUAGUUUUCGACGCCGCCGCAAGGACGGGCGGACGUUGUCUUAAUGAUGCAUUGUUAACCGGACCGGACUUACUGAAGUCGCAAUUUGGAGUUCUGCUACGAUUCAGAGAAGGAAGCGUGGCAGUGAUGGCAGACAUUAAAGAAAUGUUGCUGCAAGUGAAAAUCCGGGAAGAAGACAGGGAUAGCCUUCGAUUCUUAUGGCGACACAAGCGUGACGCGCCACCGGAAGAGUAUAGAAUGACGUCACUCAUAUUUGGAGCAGCAUCAUCACCAUGCAUCGUUAUGUAUGUGAAGAAUAGGAAUGCGCAGGAUAAUGCACAUAUCUAUCCAGAAGCAGCUUUUCUCAAAAGAAGCAAUUUUUCUCAAUAG